GAGCCAAACCCUGAGCCUUCUCCAACGCCAAACCCUGAGCCUUCUCCAACGCCAAACCCUGAGCCUUCUCCAACGCCAAAACCUGAGCCAAACCCUGAGCCUUCUCCAACGCCAAACCCUGAGCCUUCUCCAACGCCAAACCCUGAGCCAAACCCUGAGCCUUCUCCAACGCCAAACCCUGAGCCUUCUCCAAUGCCAAAGCCUGAGCCAAACCCUGAGCCUUCUCCAACGCCAAACCCUGAGCCUUCUCCAAAGGCAAAGCCUGAGCCAAAGCCUGAGCCUUCUCCAACGCCAAACGCUGAGACUUCUCCAACGCCAAAGCCUGAGCCAAACCCUGAGCCUUCUCCAACGCCAAACCCUGAGCCUUCUCCAACACCAAACCCUGAGCCUUCUCCAACGCCAAACCCUGAGCCAAACCCUGAGCCUUCUCCAACGCCAAACCCUGAGCCUUCUCCAACGCCAAACCCUGAGCCAAAGCCUGAGCCUUCUCCAACGCCAAACCCUGAACCUUCUCCAACGCCAAACCCUGAGCCAAACCCUGAGCCUUCUCCAACGCCAAACCCUGAGCCUUCUCCAACGCCAAAGCCUGAGCCAAACCCUGAGCCUUCUCCAACGCCAAAGCCUGAGCCAAACCCUGAGCCUUCUCCAAAGCCAAACCCUGAGCCAAACCCUGAGCCUUCUCCAACGCCAAACCCUGAGCCAAACCGUGAGCCUUCUCCAACGCCAAACCCUGAGCCUCCUCCAAGGCCAAACCCUGAGCCAAAGCCUGAGCCUUCUCCAACGCCAAACCCUGAGCCAAAGCCUGAGCCUUCUCCAACGCCAAACCCUGAGCCUUCUCCAACGCCAAACCCUGAGCCAAACCCUGAGCCUUCUCCAACGCCAAACCCUGAGCCUUCUCCAACGCCAAACCCUGAGCCAAACCCUGAGCCUUCUCCAACGCCAAACCCUGAGCCUUCUCCAAGGCCAAACCCUGAGCCAAAGCCUGAGCCUUCUCCAAGGCCAAACCCUGAGCCAAACCCUCCUUCUCCAAGGCCAAACCCUGAGCCAAACCCUGAGCCUUCUCCAAGGCCAAACCCUGAGCCUUCUCCAACGCCAAACCCUGAGCCAAACCCUGAGCCGUCUCCAACGCCAAACCCUGAGCCAAACCCUGAGCCUUCUCCAACGCCAAACCCUGAGCCUUCUCCAACGCCAAAGCCUGAGCCAAACCCUGAGCCUUCUCCAACGCCAAACCCUGAGCCUUCUCCAAAGCCAAAGCCUGAGCCAAACCCUGAGCCUUCUCCAACGCCAAACCCUGAGCCUUCUCCAACGCCAAACCCUGAGCCUUCUCCAACGCCAAACCCUGAGCCUUCUCCAACGCCAAACCCUGAGCCAAAGCCUGAGCCUUCUCCAAGGCCAAACCCUGAGCCAAACCCUGAGCCUUCUCCAACGCCAAACCCUGAGCCUUCUCCAACGCCAAACCCUGAGCCAAACCCUGAGCCUUCUCCAACGCCAAACCCUGAGCCAAACCCUGAGCCUUCUCCAACGCCAAAGCCUGAGCCAAACCCUGAGCCUUCUCCAAGGCCAAACCCUGAGCCAAACCCUGAGCCUUCUCCAAGGCCAAACCCUGAGCCAAACCCUGAGCCUUCUCCAAGGCCAAACACUGAGCCUUCUCCAACGCCAAACCCUGAGCCAAACCCUGAGCCGUCUCCAACGCCAAACCCUGAGCCAAACCCUGAGCCUUCUCCAACGCCAAACCCUGAGCCAAACCCUGAGCCUUCUCCAACGCCAAACCCUGAGCCUUCUCCAACGCCAAAGCCUGAGCCAAACCCU